CAGAAGACAGUAACUUGUAAUAUUAAAUCCAGUUGUUAUUUUUAAGACAUGGAUUACUCCUCUUUCACCAAUACUUCCUAUCAAAUUUAUCAGCUGCCUUCAUGGAACAGAUCCCAUGAUAUUGCUGUUAUCUCUACACUGCUUGUUUCACUCCCUUUACCACUUGUUUUAAUGCUGCUCGUCUUUGUACCCCUUGUGGUUGUCAAACUAAAAGGCAGUAUUACCACUAGAAGCCAACCACCGCUCCCUCCGGGACCAAUUCCAUGGCCCAUCAUUGGGAACCCUCCUGAAAUCUGGCAAAACAAACCAGUCUUCAGGUGGAUUCUCGGCCUCAUGAAACAGCUCGGUACCGAUAUCGCUUGUAUCCGCCUCGGGCACGUUCACGUCAUCGCCGUUACUUCCCCCGAAAUCGCUAGAGAAUUCUUGAAGAAACAUGAUUCGGUUUUCGCUUCCAGGCCGAAAACGAUGGCGGCCGAGUAUGCUACUCGAGGUUUCUUGUCGACAGCUUUGGUGCCAUGGGGUGAUCAAUGGAAGAAAAUGAGAAAAGUGAUGGCUUCCAACGUUAUAAACCCAGCAAGGCUUAGCUGGUUACUCCAUAAAAGAACCCAAGAAGCUGAUAACCUUGUUAGGUUCAUUUACAACCAAUGCAUCAACCAUGAAAACUUGCAUGGCGGUGUUAUAAACCUGAGAUUAGCAGUGAGGCAAUAUACGGGGAACGCGAUAAGGAGGAUGAUGUUCAACACAAGAUACUUUGGGAAAGGCAGAGAAGAUGGAGGCCCUGGAUAUGAAGAAGAGCAACACGUUGAAUCACUGUUUACAGUUCUCAUGCACCUCAACAGUUUCAUCCUUUCAGAUUAUGUGCCUUGGCUGAGGCCAUUAGACUUGGAGGGCCAUGAAAAGAUUGUAAGUAAGGCUAUGAGAAUUGUGAAUGGCUACCAUGAUCCCCUCGUUGAUGAGAGAAUAAAAGAGUGGGGACAGGGAAAGAGGAAGGAACCUCAAGACCUGCUUGAUGCUUUCAUUUUAGCAAAGGAUUUAAAUGGGAAGCCUACACUUUCGGCUGAAGAGAUCAAAGCCCAAAUCACGGAAUUAAUGCUUGCAGCAGUAGAUAAUCCAGCAAAUGCAGCAGAAUGGGCAAUGGCUGAGAUGCUGAACAACCCUGAAAUUCUCCGAAAAGCAACUGACGAAAUCGACAGUGUUGUCGGAAAGAGUAGACUGGUUGAAGAGACUGACAUUCCAAAACUCAACUACAUUAAAUGCUGUGCAAGGGAAGCCUUUCGACUUCACACCAUUGCACCUUUCAACGUUCCCCAUGUCUCCAACGCCGACACCACUGUCGCCGGCUACUUCAUCCCUAAAGGCAGUUGUGUCUUGAUCAGCCGCCGAGGCUUGGACCCGAAAGUUUGGGAGGAGCCGUUGGAGUUCAAGCCCGAGAGACAUUUGAAAGACGAGUGGGGCAGUGGCGGAGUUGAACUAACAGAGAAUGAACUGAGGUUCAUUUCGUUUGGGACCGGAAGGCGAGGGUGCAUAGGGGUGGGACUUGGGUCCGCAGUGACGAUAAUGCUGUUUGCGAGGCUAAUUCAAGGUUUUACGUGGGAGGUGCCGCCCAAUGGAACCAAAAUUGACCUCUCUGAAUCCAAAGAUGAUACGUUGUUGGCCAAACCAUUGCAUGCACUUGCUAAACCUCGCUUGUCUCCUGCCUUGUAUACUCAGCUUUAGAAAGGAUUACAAGUUUUUAGGCUGCAUUUCUAUAUUUCUUCAUUCCAGCUAUUUUGUAUUUUUGCCAUUGUAGUGUGAUUGAUGUGAGAAAUUUAGAGAUUGAAAUGAAAA